UCCUUUUCAAGCCAUCAAAGAUGGCGUCGCCGGGCUGUUAAAAGGUUCCGCUUGUCAGCGUGAGGCAAAUCCUCACCGGCGAGCGCUGAGCCGCCGCCUUCCUGUUUAAUUUUCACCAAGUCUCAAAACUGGAGGGAAGAAGGAAAGGGGAAGACGGUCGAGAAGACAUAUAAAUAAAAGCGAGCCGGGCCACGAGCGAGCCCGGCAGCGGCUCCCCCGCAAGCCCUCGAUGUCAGCCGUGACGAUAUUUGAUUAUUUGGCUUUCUGUUGACUUUUCGAACUUUUCACCUAAUACUAUGCAGCAUUCUGUGCAAUAAGGAAAGGCCAGCCACAAAGAGCACCACUUAGAAAGAGAUUGAUGUCUUCAUCUCGAACUCGGAGUCCAAUGUCUACUGUGAGUUCAAGCAGCAGGUCACCAUCUCCGUUGAGCAGACGAGGUAUUCCAGCUACUUAUCUGACAAAGGGGAAAAGGCGUCAAGGAAAUGCACCUGAAGAAAGUGAUACAGGAAUUCCCUCUGAAUCUUCAGUUGGACAAGAUGACAACUGUAUCAGUCCAGGUAUCAGAUACAUAACUGAGACUCUUAUCAAGAAGCUGUCCAAACAGGAAAAUCUGGCACGCGUAACUACUCUAAAUCUUUCCCUUGCCAAAGAUGGGGGAAAGAAGUUUAAGUACCUAGAAAAUCUCGAGAAGUGUGGUAAACUAGAGGUCCUCAAUCUCAGUAACAAUCUGAUUGAGAAGAUUGAAAAACUAGACAAACUUUUAAAGCUACGUGACCUCAAUCUAUCAUUCAACAAAAUAUGUAAAAUAGAAGGUAUUGAACAUCUACAGAAUUUACAGAAGCUGAACCUUGCUGGGAAUGAGAUUGAGCACAUCCCAGCAUGGGUAGGGAAGAAACUCAGGUCCUUGCGCAUCCUGAAUUUGAGAAAAAACAAAAUAUCAUCACUCCAUGAGAUAACUAAACUGAAGUCUCUUAAAGACUUGACUUCUCUGUUUCUGGCAGACAAUCCUAUUGUAAACCUUCCUCAUUAUCGUCUGUAUACCAUAUUCCAUUUGAGGUCACUGGAAGAUCUUGAGGGACAGCCAGUGACAAACCAUGACAGAGAAGAAGCUCUUGAGAGGUUUAAUUUAGAAGAGAUAGAAAAUCUAGAAAAGGACUUGGAGAAAACUGUGAAAGAGUUGGAAGACCUUAAAACCAAACACUCUGACCUGGGCGAACAACUUCAGCAACAAGAUGACCUUAACAAAUCAUUAAAACAAAAAAAUCUGCAACAGAAACAAAGCUGUCAUGACCUGGAGAGUGAACUAGAGACAAAAAAUGAGCUGCUAAAGCAGAAGACGGUGGAAUUAACCCGAGCCUGUCAGAAACAAUAUGAGCUGGAGCAAGAACUGGCUUUUUAUAAGAUUGAUGCCAAGUUUGAACCAUUAGGUUAUUAUCCAAUAGAGGAUGUUGAACUUGAUGAUGUACCGGGUGAAAGCCCUUACAUUGGGAAAUCUAGAUACAAAAGGAACAUGUACGCUGUAGAAGGCUAUAUCCCUAGCAAGGCUCAGAAGAUGCAGAUGGGAAAUCUGGAAGAAGCAGAAGAACAAAAGAUUCAGAAGCUGAAACUGAAUAUUCUUCAGUCACUAGAUGCACAACUAGAAGAAAAAGAGAGAAAGGUUAAAGGAGCCCAAGAAAAAUUAACAGAAUUGCUAGGUGAAGUAGCCAAUGCAGAGCAACGUGUUUUAAAAGCAACAGAGGAGCUUAAACUAGUCCAAGAUGUUGUGGCUCAGAAAAAGAUGUCAGACGUGGAAAAGGAUUGUCUUAGGCAAGAGCUAAGCAACAAGAUACUUCUCCUAAAUCAACUACGAGAAGAAGCUCUAGAACUAGAGAAACAGAUGGAAAGGCAGCAGGAAGACAUGGCCAAAAAAGAGAAGGAGUUAGGAGAACUGCAGCAUUUUAUAGAUUCUCUAGAUCCUGAAGACCCAAGACAUGCUCAUAUGAAGGCUCAGAAAGCAAGCAAAGAACAACAACUUGACAUGAUGAACAAGCAUUACAAGCAUCUUGAAAGUCGCCUGGAUGACAUGCUGUCUCGGAUUGCAAAGGAAACUGAGGAAAUUAGGGACCUGGAGCAACAGCUCACAGAUGGCCAAAUAGCAGCAAAUGAUGCACUGAAGAAAGACCUGGAAGGAAUUAUCAUUGGGUUACAGGAAUAUCUAGAGAGUGUUAAGAGUCAGGCCAAACAAACCAGUGAGGAAUGCAAGGAGUUGCAGAGGGAUAAAGAGGUGUUAUUGCAAAGGCUGGAAGAACUCGAGGAGGAGAGAAACCAGCUGGAGAUAGUUGCUAUGGAUGCAGAAAACCUGAGAAAAGAGAUCGCAGACCUUGAGCAGGCACUUGAAGAACAAAGAGAGCUCAAUGAAGCCCUGCAUGAGACUCAAAGGGAACAUAUCACAUAUGAGGCUGAGCUGGAGGCUGAACUGAAAGCCCGAGACAUUGAAGCCAAUCAGCAUGAGGAAGAACUGCAGAGGCUAAAACAACACGGUCAACUGGAGCACUCUGCUCUCCAGGCUGAACUCAGCAAAGAAAGGCAAGCUUUAGAAAAUGCCUUGACAAAAGCACAAUUAUCAGAAGAAAGAGAACAGGAAAAUAAUAAACUGCUUUCUCAUCUUAAACAGCUACAGAAAGAUAAUAACCUUUUGAAGCAGCAGCUUAAAGAUACUCAAAAUCAACUGAAUCAUGCAGUUGACAGCUUAAUUCAUCCUGAAGAAUUCUUGGCUCGUGUGAGAGAACUCAAAGAAAAUCUACAGACUGGGGCAGAAUUCAGGUGCCAUAAUGCAAAGGAUAUUUUAGGGAAAAGCCUUGCAGAUCUACAGAAAGAGUUUGGUAAGGUCCUUGCUCAAUCUCAGCAAGAAAAUGAGGCCAUCCAGGCCAGAGAGAGACAGCUUCAGAAGGAGAUGACAUCCCAGCAAGCUAAGUUGGAAGAGGCACAAGAAAAAUACAGGCUGGCCUGUAACAAAGCUGCAGAAGCCAAAAUUAAAUCUGAGAAGAUGCAGAAUGAAGCCAGAGUACAUCAACUAGAGAAUGAAAUCCAGCAUCUAAGUGAAAAGCUGAAGAAUAUGGAAGAAAUCCAGGGCCUAACAGAUCAACAGUUGCAAGAGGCUGAUGAGGAGAAAGAAAGAAUUCUUGCACAACUAGAAUAUCUGGAGAAUAGGAAAAAAGUGGAAGAUGCUAAGGCACAAAUGCAAUUCAUUGACAUUGAUAAAGAGCUGCAGAAGUUAAAGAGAGCAAUAUCUACUUCAGAUAAACAAGCAGCAGCAGAUCUCUGUGCAGCCAAAGAUCAGCUCAGGUCACUCCGUGGAACUGUAUGCAAAAUUAAUCAGGAACGCAGUGAGGAACUUCAGGAAGCAGAGAAGUUCUGUAUGCUUGCUACUCAAGCUUCUAAAGAUCUUGCCAGAGCAGAAUCAGAAAUAGAAUUGUUGCAGAAACUUCUGAAAGAAAAGGAGGAAUGGUUUCAGAGUGAAGUGGGAAAAGCUGAUGCCGAGACUGCAGCUUCUGCUUUUCAGAAAGAGGAGAUUGGUAAAUUAAAGCAGCUAUUGAAAUGCCAAAAAACAGAAAUUGACCGACUGCACCAUGUACUAGAUCAAGUUCAGACAGGCAAUAGGGAAGAAAUUGACAGCAUAUUGGAUGAAAUUGCUGCACUCAGGCAUGCUAUAUCUCACCAGAAUGACGCUAUCACCAGCAUAAUGAAUCCACUGCAACGGAGGGGCCAUCUGUAUUAUGUGCCAUCAUCGCAAACAUCCACUCCUGCAUCUCAGAGUACCAAGGAUUCUGGUGUUGGCCUGCAGUGUCCUAUGUUGACCCCAAUAAAAAAAGGGCAGAGCAAGAAGGAAUGUUCCAUGUGUCCUGCUGCCAGAGGGUGCUUGGUGCAUGCACCAGGCAGGAGUGACCCUUCCAAUGGAGGGAUCCAAGAAAAUGGAGAAGUGAAGAUUCACAGUGCCUCAUCUUUUGUGCCACCCCCUGGCUCCAUCAUUUACACUCUGCUUCCAGAUGGUGCUCCAGCCCCUCCAGCAACAGUGGUGUGUGGCCCACCUUCUCCUGUCUCUGCCAAUGGAGGACCACUUGCUGCUACUACAGUUAUAUAUGGUUCAUGUCCUGCUGGAGCUCAGCUUGUAUAUAGCCCUCUUCCUGCUAACUGUUCAAUGUCUUUUGGAACACAUCACUGCAACAUACCUGAGCAUCAUAACUUGGAGAACGAAAUCUCAAGGCUAAAAGACAGCAUAGAAAACUUAAAGUCUCAACCCAAAAGCAGUUGUCCUAGAUCCUCUCAUCGUGAACAUGAUCAAGAGAUGGAUGAAUUGCAUCAGGGCAUUCAAGAUCUGUUGAAUGAAAGGGAAGAGCUGGAGUACCAAGUAGCAGAGCUGCGUAGAAUAGCCCAGAAACGGAAUAAGCGAAAAGACUUCAUUGAUGGGCACCUGAGUGGCCUGAUUUCAGAACUGGAGUUAGAGAAAUCUCUCCAGCACCAUGAAAACAUUGUGGAUGAAAUAGAAUGCAUAGGAAAGACUCUCCUAAAACGACAGGCAGAACUCAGGGAGGCCGACAGACUUCUUGCUGAAGCUGAAACUGAACUUGAAAAUACUCGGGGGAAAACCAAAGAGACUAUUCAGAAAUACAACAGUGCUAAGCAGCAUUUGUCUCGGAUGGAGAAAGAAGCUGAAGAGCUUGAACGGCGGGCUCAGGUGAUGGCUCUGAAGCUUGUAAAUGCAGAUCAGCAACUAAGAUUGCUUCAGGCAGAUGCAAAGGACCUAGAAGAGCACAAGAUAGAACAAGAAGGGAUUCUGAAGGAAAUCAACAAAGUUAUAUCUGCAAAAGAUUCUGAAUUUCAAUCCUUGAGCCAGAAGAUUGAAAUAUUGACUGAAAGCCUUCAGAAGCUGCAGGCAGAUAUACAAGUUGCAGAAGGUAAUGAAGAUCACCACCUCCAAAUUCUUAAAGAAGCAGAGAAUAUUCUUCGGAGCAAAAAGAGUGAUCUAGUGAGGCUGAAGGAUCAGACUGCAGCUCAACAGCAGGAGAGGCUAAUUUUGGACAGACUGCUUGGUCAAAAAAAUAAAGAGCUCCUCCUCCUCCAAGAGAGCAUUGCCCAGAAAAAUGCUGCCCUAACAGAAGCUCUUGGGCAUGGCGAAGCUGAAGUAGCUGAAAAACGGCGACAAAUAAAGGAAGUAAAGUCUUUUCUAGAGGAUCUGAGUGUUCAGAAAGGAGAACUCAAUGCCCAACUAAGUGAGAAAAGAUCCCAACUUUCUCUAGUAACUCAGGAUAUCCAAAAAGAGGAGGAGAAAUUGCAAGACGUCCUGGGGCAAAUAAUGAAGCAUAAGACAGAACUCAGGCAUGUUCUUGAAAUGUUGUACCUCAAAAAUGAUGAACUAGAAGGCCUAAAACUCCAGCAAAGCCAAAAAGUUAAUGAACUGGAAAAAAUGCAAGUUGCAGUCCUGGAGAAGAAACUUGAGUUGGAGACUCUCCAGCAAGCAUCUCAGCAGCAGUGCAGGGAAGUGGAACGUCAAAGGCAACUUCUUGAGAGGGCUCAACAAGACACUGAGAGGCUUAGUUCCAAGCUCCAUUCUCUGCAAAACAGUAUCAAGGCAUUGAGCACUGAGAAGCAAAAGCUGGAAGAAAACUGUGAGAGUCUAGAGGAGAAAUUGUCACAAACCAAAAGAUCCUUGGCUUCUGCCGAAGAUAACAAUAAAGCCACUCUCACCAGCAUAGAGAAAAUGGACUUAGAGGUCCAAAAACUGCAGCUUGAUAUUAACCAACUACAAAAGCACAAAAUGCUUUUGAAUGGCAACGUUACUGACUUACAGAAGCAUAUUCAAGAAAAAAAGGAGGAACUGAAUAUUUUGAAGACUGAACUGAAUGAUUCCAGGCAGCAUCUUCAACUAUUGGAACAGGAUGUGAAAAAUGCCACAAAGCAAAAAGAGGAGCUACUUCAAGAACAAGCAGCUCUGAAAGACACCAUAACAGAAUCUUCAAGAAAGUGCAGGGAAUGCCAGGAAAUACAGAAGAGGAAGGAGAACGAGCUGCAGAAGCUUUGCAGGGAAAUAGAAGAGCACGAACUACAACUGAGCAAACAGGAGAUGGUCCUUCAUCACCUCAGGGAGGACAUACAACAUGAAGAAAAGAAGCUGGAGAAAUGCACAGCUGAACUGAAGGAUCAGAAACAGCUGUUGGAACAAGGACUAGCAGAGCAGCAAUACCAGCUGGAACAAGCAAUUGCUAAAGUUCAAGGAAAAGAAGAACAGAUCCAGAAGCUUCAAGAGGAGGAGUCAUGGUGCAGAGCUCUUGAAGAAACAGUCAGCAAAACCCGACAUCAGCUCUCUGAAAAAGAACUGAAGUUGCAAGAAAAAAAUGGUGAGGUUUUAUCCCUCCAAAGGGAGCUAGAACUCUCAAAAGCCAAGGAGACAGUGCUCCAUGAUCAGAUUCAAACUGAGAGGGAAAAGGCUGAAAAGCAAAUAGAAGGACUGAAGGAAGCCAUCAAGAUGCAGAAGGCCCAACUCGAGAGAGCACUUCAUGAACAAAAACAGGAAAACCACUGUUUGCAAAAAGAAGUUGCCUCCAUAGAGCAAGUGGCACAAGACAACCACCUGCGAGCAAAGCAGCUUAUGAGGGACCUUAGCCAGAUCCAAGUGGAGUACAUGCAGCUCAAGUCACAGAUGAAGAGUCAAGAGAAUUUAGAGAAACAACACAAAGAGAUGAAAGGGACAGUGAAGUCACUUAAGCUGGAAGUGAAAGACAAAAUGAGAACCGGUUUGAAGGAUCUGAGUCAAUCCCCUCCAAAGCUUUUGGGAGAACUGGAGACUACUUUUGAGAUUGAAAGAAGACCUCAGAGUGACUUGGAAAGUCUGAAGGAAAAUUAUCCUUUCACAAAUAAUGAGGGAAGAAUGCUGUGCUUUGAUGAAAAGCUGGACCUUUCCAAAGUCCACAUCACGGAUGAACAAUGGCGUGGAAAAGCACGCCGAGAACAGCUGCAGCACCAUGAGGAUCGGCUCAAGGCUCAGCUUCGUCAGUGCAUGUCAAAGCAAGUGGAGGUGUUAAUUAAAGGAAAGCAGCAGACUGAGGGCACCCUCCAUAGCCUGAAGAGGCAAGUUGAUGCAUUGGAUGAACUAGUUAGCAGUACUUCAACAGACUCGCAGUUUCCUUCCUUGAACUCCUCAGGGUUAACUGACUCUCUGCAUGAAGAGUCAAUUCUCACAAUGAACCAGUUUUCUAGAUCUCCUUCCAGGACAUCAACAGGUAUUUCAACACAAUCUCCAGGUAUUCAUCAGUACAAGGCAUAAUCCCAGCAGGUAAGCAGCGAAAUGCAGCUGUAUUGGUGCAGCCCGUGCCAAUUGCCUGGCUUUGAAGGCAUCAGAAGACUACCUCAUUGGUUUCCAAGUCCCUGUUAACAUUCCUAAAGACAUUUUAGGUGUGAGCUCAGGUGUUUUUAUUAUGUAUGCACACUUACUUGAAUUUUUAUUUAUAUGGAGCACUUCUGCAAUGCAAGCUAGAGUGUAGCAUUUGCAGUAUUGAAAGUUACAGCCAUUGAUGUCUGCAUCCUUUUGUUUGUGGGGUAGGGGUGCGUGCAUUUAUUUAUAUGUGGGUGAAUGGGCAUAAGCUUUUUAAGCAUUUUUAGUGAAAAUUUGUAUUCUGUUGAAUUUUUUUUUACAAAAAUAAAUAUUCCCUCCCCCUCAAAAAAAUACACCUUGCGUUUUCUUCUGCUUUCUAUAAACAUAAAUAUUUAGUGACUGGUUGUUCCACCAGGUUCCUAUGCAUAUCUAGGAUGUUACAAGGCAGGGAUGGGGAACCUCAGGCCAAAAAGCAAAGUACAGCCUUCCUAGGCUGCUUUAUGUAUCUAGUCCUUGGGUAGAUACCCUUGUGUCAUGCAUUCUUUGCCUGCAUGGUGUGUUUGUGUAGAAAUAUCAACCUGUGCACAGCUGGAAUGUUGCCUACUUUACAAAUGCAAUGGAUGUGACUUUUUGAAACUAGCUCCACCCAGGUUGCCUGUAAGGGAUCAAGGCUCUCUGAAAAAUGUUGCCCACCUAAGGGAUUUGAAUGUGUCCUAGAUUUUGCAGCAAUAACUGCUUCCAUAUUUCCACCAGAAGCAAAUUUACUCCCCACUAUGAAGGAGGUAUUUAAAGUAUGGGGGUUGUCUCCAUCUACCUACUUAGAAGAUGCAGGGUCAUGUGACUUAACUUUUAUACAGACUGGCUGUCUCACCUCACUUCCCCUCACCCCCCCAACAGAGCUUUUUCUCAGUUUACGCACAUAAGUUUUGUCUCAGCUCUUAAUUCUGUUGCAGUUUACCUCAAAUAGUACUUUAUUCUAAUUCCUGCUUAAACUCUUAAAAUAAAAAGUAACUUUCUUCUC